AUGGACAUGUUCCUACGUCGCUGGGAAGUCAACGUCGUAACGGGUCAAAUGGCAGCACGUGGUGAUUUACAGAGUCUGAAGUGGACCACGGAGAGUUAUUUGCCAGGUGAGUUCUUAACGGAAGUUGUCGCUCAAGCCUCUGCAAAUGGACACGUUGACAUUUUGCAGUGGAUGUGGGAGAACCAUCAUGAAGUGGGCUACUGGGGUGGAAUUGAGUUGUGCGGAGCGAUCAGAAAUUGUCAUUUUCGGAUGGUUGAGUGGCUCCAGACUCACGUCGCUUUUCGGCUUGAGUGUGCCCAGCACGUUAUCGAACAAGCGGCAGCGUCUGGAAGUUUGAAGAUUGUCAAGUGGCUGUACGAGAGCUUUGGUGUUGCUCUUGAUGAUGCAGCGAAGAUAGCAGCGCUCAACUGCGAGUGGAAGGUCAUUCGAUGGAUCUUGGGUCAUGGCAAGCGAGCUGAUCUGAAUGCCGCAUUUCGUUGUGAUGAUAUCUAUGUGAGUGCAGCAAAGAGCGGCAACAUAGACACGCUUGAGCUUCUGUCUGAGCAUGGCUUUCCGGGAGAUCCCAUGGUUAUACUAGAUAACGCGAUUUCAGGAGGUCACUUGCACAUUGUCAAGUGGCUGUACGAAGAGAAGGGGGUGACAGAUGUUGGCGUUGGAUUCAUCAAUGCUGCCAGAAUGGGUCAUUUGGAGAUACUGAAGUACUUGUCAGAUGAAAGACCACAUUCGUGGCUGAUUGUACUGCUAUUGACGCUGCUGCUGCCACUAGAUAUCUUGAAGUGGUGCAGUGACUUCGAUUUCACAUGUACGAAACAAGCUAUGGACGCAGCCGCGAGAGGGCGGGCACCGUGCAUGUAA